AUGAUCUCUAUAAUUUUCUUAUUAUUUGGCUUAAUAUAGGGCCAAGAUGAUAACGUUAUAAAUUAUGCGGAAGAAGAUAAACAAGAUAGAAAAGAUCUUAUGCAAGAAUGGGAAUUGAUGAUGCAGGACUUUAUUCCAGAUGAUAUGAUUGCAUUUGAAUUGAAGCAAGGCAACAUGGAAAUAUUGUUAGAAGGAAUUCAUCAUCCAACAACUAUAAGAGGAGCUUAUUUUAUCAGUAUGACAACCAAGGAGAAAAUUAAUUUCUUGGUAAGAAUCAAAUUUAGUAUGUUAGAUUAAAGAUCCAAAAGGGAAUAUCAUAAGUAGUAAAGCAGCUAAGAAGGAAGCCGUGUUUUCAGUCAACAUUACUGAGCCUGGAGACUACCAAUUUUUGUUUGAUAACGAAGGAGGCAGCAGUGACCAGAUUGUAACAUUUGCUCUCGAUAUUCACAAUGCCACUUAUGAACAUAUUAAACAUCAUGACUUAGAUCCGUUAAUGAAGUAGAUUCAGCAUCUGUAAAAUGGAAUCAAUGAUAUAAUGUUCGAAACCAAAUUUUCCUAAUAGAGAAGAGAAAGUGGUUAUGAAUCAAUGCAAACAACUCAUUAAAGAUUAUUUUAUUUUUCAAUUUUUGAAACUGUAAUCAUUAUUUUAGUGAGUGUAUGGUAGGUGUAUUAUAUCAAAAGUAUUAUUGAUAAUCGUAGAUUGAUUUGAUUUAUUGAUAAAUCUAUAUAUUAAUUAG